AUGGUAGCAGGUCUGCACGAUUUAAAGCAGCUGUCUCUCCUACUGUUACCUGCAGCUCCACAAAGGACGGGGCCUCAGACUAACCCCACAGUCUGCAGCAGGAGGAAAACGCAGCCACUUCUCUUCCCUUCGUCUAGUUUCCAGAAAAUAUGGAAAUGGGUUUGAGGAAGCCUCAGAUGAGCCUGAAACAAUGAUAGGCAGAUUGUGAAGCUCAUUGACAUCAAUAGGUGAUAACCAGGAGGAGCAAUGGCAGCCUGGCUGGGUCGGCUGUCUUUUGGAGAGGCCUGGUACGGCAUGUACUCCCGCCUGCUGAGGACCAAACCUGUUGGAUCCAUGGCCCAUGGCUCUGAUGACCUCACGGAGUUAGCAGAGGGGUCCGCCGUGGGACUGGCAAAGGUCCUGACUACUGUGGACCUGGUGUCGCUUGGUGUGGGGAGCUGUGUGGGAACCGGGAUGUAUGUGGUGGCCGGGCUGGUUGCCAAAGCCAUGGCUGGACCGGGAGUCAUCCUCUCCUUUAUCAUUGCAGCAGUGGCCUCAAUACUGUCAGGUGUUUGCUACGCAGAGUUUGGGGUCCGGGUCCCCAAAACAACGGGUUCAGCAUACACUUACAGCUACGUGACAGUUGGGGAGUUUGUGGCAUUUUUCAUCGGCUGGAACUUGAUCUUGGAGUACCUGAUUGGUACGGCGGCAGGGGCGUCGGCCCUCAGCAGCAUGUUCGACUCUCUGGCUAAUCACAGCAUCAGUAACUACAUGAUAACACAUCUGGGCACGCUCAGAGGACUUGGUAAGGGUGAAGACACGUAUCCUGACCUGCUGGCCCUGUUCAUUGCCCUGCUGGUCACAGUGAUUGUUGCUCUGGGAGUAAGGAACUCUGUGGGAUUCAACAAUGUCCUAAAUGUUAUCAACCUGGUGGUCUGGGUCUUCAUGAUCAUCGCCGGGCUCUUCUUCCUGUCAGCUAGCAACUGGGAGGGAGGCAGGUUCAUGCCGUAUGGCUGGUCAGGGGUGAUGCAAGGCGCAGCUACAUGUUUCUACGCCUUUAUUGGUUUUGACAUCAUCGCAACGACUGGAGAGGAGGCAAAGAAUGCCAACACAUCCAUCCCCUACGCCAUCACCGUCUCACUGGUCACCUGCCUCACCGCCUAUGUGUCGGUGAGUGUGAUCCUUACUCUCAUGGUCCCCUACAACCUGAUCGAUGGCUCUGCUCCACUCAUGGAAAUGUUUGCUGUGCAUGGUUUCAUGUGGGGAAAGUACAUUGUAGCUGUUGGCUCUAUAGCUGGACUCACCGUCUCACUGCUGGGCUCCUUGUUCCCAAUGCCCAGGGUCAUCUAUGCCAUGGCCCGGGAUGGACUCUUGUUCAGGUUCCUGACACAUGUCUCAGCACUCACACACACUCCUGCUAUGGCAUGUGCUCUGUCAGGAAGCUUUGCAGCCAUUCUGGCUCUCCUGGUGAGCCUCCGGGACCUGAUUGAGAUGAUGUCCAUUGGAACUCUGCUGGCUUACACCCUAGUUAGUGUGUGCGUGCUAUUACUUCGCUACCAGCCUGAUAAAGAGACUGACACACACCAGUUUAUUUCAGAGGAAGACGUGGAGAACAUCAAACAUCGGGAUGUUGGAGAUGCCCCUACCAAAGAUGACCAAAUCAUGAUGGAAGGCUUAGAUCAUGAUGGGUCCUCAUCCUACCAUGCUGGUGGAACUGAAGGGGAGGUAGAUGACUCUAAUUUCCACACCGGACCUCCCUCGCUAAUGAAAAGACUUCUAGGAGGUCAUUAUUACACCAUUCGACUCCGACUGGGAAUACCUGAUUCAUCAGCACGUCCAACCCCUGCUUCUGGUCAGAUAGUUACUAGAUGCACCCUUUCCCUCUUCUUUAUAUCUUUCCUCUUUUGGUCCACUAUCAUAUUUGGUGUAGAGCAAGGCUCAGGAGCUGGAGCAGUGUUUUCGGGCCUGAUGGCAACACUGAUUUUGGGAUCAAUGGCCAAACUUUUGAUUCUUAUCAUUCAACAGCCAGAGAGCAAACUGAGGCUGCCCUACAUGGCUCCAUGUGUUCCCUUUGUCCCUGCAGCGGCCAUAUUGGUUAACAGUUACCUCAUGCUUAAACUGUCUCCUCUCACCUGGGCAAGGUUCACUAUCUGGUGUCUGAUAGGUCUGUUGAUCUAUGGCUGUUAUGGAAUUUGGCACAGCACUUUGGAGCUAGAGGCCCGCGAGCAGCAGGCCCACGCCAGCUGCUACCAGCGCUACAACGACAACUUGGAUGACACCUUCUCUCCUGACGACGACGUUUACCCCCAGGAACAGGAAAACAGGCCUUACCAAGGCUGGUCUGCCCCGGAGGAGAGUCGACACCGACACCAGAACCAAGGAGAGGAGGAACCACAUCAAAGCCAGUUUGAGGAUGAGAGUGACCAGUACGGGUACCAGUCUGGAGCAGGAGUCCAUCAGACUGGUCACAGCAGCAGGUCAAAGGGACGGACCAAUUUUGGGUUUGAUGAUGAGGAUGACUGAAUUCAGGGGGAAUACAAGAUUUUAAAAUCCAGGGACUGCAGAGGAAACAGAUAAAAACUCAGAAGGACUAUUCUGUUAUCUUUAAGCAAUUUAAACAUCUCUUGGUUUUCCUUGAUGGAUAAGACAGUCUUUGAAUAUGAGUUAAUGGCUUUUUUCGGAACCAAAUUCAUCCCUCAGUAGAAAUAUCCUGACAGUACACUCUUCAUUUUUUUUCAUGGUUUCCUAAUUUACUGUUUUUGGUGUUUCUCACUUUUUAAGAGCCGAAGACUGAUAUCAUGCUGCUAGCUGUACUAAAUGCAAAGACCCAAAUCUGAGAGUUUUUUUACACAAAUAUUUUCCUUAUUUGCAUGAAUGAAUUACUCUAUGUGUGGAGUCAUUUAUCCAUCUCUUAUUUCUUCAUAAUUUGUUGAACAGACACUUAAAUAACCAAUUUAAUUUCGACCUUGAGCCUCUUACCAGCAGCCGGAAUACAUACACCACUGAUUGAUGUAGAUGUGUCACGGUUGGAAGUCGCUCAUGUUUUGGGGUUUGUUUUUGAUUUACUUACAGUUUAAGGCUGUUAGUUUACUGUAUGCUUGUUUGUGUUGUUUUGGUUCGAUAAGAUUCUUUGCAUUGUGACAGAUGGCCUCAUACUACUUCUGUUCCUGCUGAAGGUUUUUCUUUUCCUUUCCAUAUCCGUCACAUCCUUGCACAGGGUGAGAGAUUGUCGUGUCGCUGCAAUCAUGUAAGCCUCCUUGAAUAUAUGGAUGCCUUUUUGAUGAAUAAUACUAAAUCUCAAGCUGACUUUCAUUGUAACCUGAUUAGGCAUGAAUUAGAAUUAGCCAAUCCUUGCUAAAGUAUUCAAACAGCUUGAACAUAUCCUCAUUUGAUCAACCAUACAACCACCAAGUGUUUAUGAAUAUGAUGCAUCUGAGCGCUGCAGCUACAGGGCUGUUAUGUUUUUCUUUAGACCCUCUGUUGACUUACUUCAUAAACAUUUGGUCAAACUUUCCUCUCAACACCUGGAAUUCACUGCUGGCUGCUUCACCACACUUGCCCAAACCAUCUUUAUAGGGAAAUUAAGUAAAAUCUACACUCUUGCCAUGGAGACCAUGUUCUGUGUAAACUCACCAUAACACAUUAGCCUAAUAUAUCUGUGACAAAACCAUAAACAGCCUCAAUUAGAAAGUGGAACUCUUUGCAGAAUAGUGUGCCAUCUGGCUAGCUAAAGUGGUAUGUCACCUGUUCUUCAAACAGAAAGCCCUUGGUUCGUAUCCCAGUUGGGAAUACCCUUCAUGCUAACACCUGCUUUGUGUUAGAGUUGUUAAGGCAUUGCGCUUGGAAUAACUGGCUCCCCUGGGUGUCGCACAAUGAUGGACCAUUGCUCCCCAAGGGGUAUGCGUUUAAUGCAGAGAGUUCAUUUUGUUGCUCUAUAUUUGUGACAGUCUAAUGACAAUAAAAUAUUGGCGAAAAAAAGAGAAAAAUCUGGGUUAGCGUCUCCUAGCACCAAACACCAGAUUCUUCAGGUAACUUUUCACUCUUCCUCUGUUUUCUCGCUAUUGGCUGGCCAUAAAGUCGCCAAAUGAUUUGGUAAUUUGCAUAUUUUUUAUUUCCAGCUGUAGGAGAGAGAAGUAUAAUUAUCGGCAAGCCAGGAAUUGAGUUAAAAAACCCUAACUACAUUUUACACUAAAGAUGAACUUUAUAAAGUAAUUUGUAGUAUCAAAUAUUUUAACCUAACUAUAUAUAUCAAUUCUAUUAUAUUAGGAAAUUCAACUUAAAGAAAGUUAACUGCAGCACACAGUGAAACAGACUGCAUAUUAAUUAAUUAAUGUCAGAGAGAAUCUGUUUUAGUGCAAAGGUUUUGUGACUAGUAGUCGUAUUGAAAAAUAAAAUGUUGCUAGAAGGGUCUGAAAAGUUGCUAAGUAUAGUGACAAAGGUGCAACAGUGCUCCUCAGCUUCAUCACCUCUUGUUAUUUCUACAUGCUCAUGCAUUUCAACGAGCUCUGGUUUAAACUGAAAUGGUUUGAGUAACUAAUUGCUGUUUUGUCUAGACGGAGGUAGAGCUUUACAACCAGCAUGC